UGGGAGAGGCGGAAACAUCAGCACUUUCGACCAAUCACAGCACACAUCGCCAUGUUUCCGGAAGCACACACGUGUUUGAUCCAGCAAUUGCAGAAUCAGCAACGUUGUAACUAAUAACGGAUAGAUUGUGUGCCAGUUCAGGACAAUAUCGGAUUUGAGGAGUUGUUUCGGGAUGGUCUGGACAAGCAGAGCUUGCUUCCGCAAGUAUGGCAACUUUGUGGAUAAUAUACGGCUGUAUGUGAGGGGUGGAAGUGGAGGAAUGGGUUUGCCCCGUUUAGGGGGAAAUGGGGGAAAUGGUGGAGACGUUAGUGUGGUGGCUAAAAAAGGCACUACAUUGAAGCAAAUCAAGGACAAACACCCUAACAAACGAUUCACUGCAGGUGUUGGUUCAAACAGCAGUAUUCAUGCUCUGAGAGGGGCGAAAGGAGAGGACAUCCAGGUAUUCGCACCUACUGGGAUCAGUGUCACAACGGAUGGGGGGAGAAUACUAGGGGAGUUGAACUGUGAAGGAGACAGACUUUUGGUGGCUAGAGGUGGUCAUGGUGGCUCUUUUCACUCUGGGUUCUUACCCAGUAAAGGUCAAACCAGACAGAUUCGGCUGGACCUUAAACUCAUUGCAGAUCUUGGACUUGUAGGGUUUCCCAAUGCAGGCAAAUCCUCCUUGCUGACUGCCUUGUCUCAUGCUAAACCAAUGAUUGCCAGCUAUCCCUUUACAACUUUAAGACCUGAAAUCGGAAAGAUCAUGUAUGAUGACCACAAGCAGGUUUCUGUGGCAGACUUACCAGGACUCAUUGAAGGUGCUCACGUGAAUAAAGGCAUGGGACACAAGUUUCUCAAACAUGUGGAAAGAACCAAGCAGCUCAUGUUUGUGGUCGAUAUCUGUGGGUUUCAGCUAGCUAAUAACACCCCGUUUAGGUCUGCAUUUGAAACUGUACUGCUUUUAACCAAGGAGCUGGAGUUGUAUAAGGAGGAACUGCUAGACAAGCCAGCCAUCCUGGUCAUAAAUAAGAUGGACCUCCCUGAGGCUCAGGGCCAGCUCAGAGAGCUGGAAGCUCACUUGGAGAACCAAGAAGAUUCAAGCCACAUCUUUCCUGAGGACGUCACCCCUAAAACACUAAUGCGUUUUAUGCACAUCGUCCCAGUCUCUGCGACGACUGGCCUUGGACUGCCCUUGCUCAAGUCCCUCAUUCGCCAAUCACUUGAGGAACAGGAUGUCAUAGAAACUGAGGGUCAGCGCAGUGAGAAGCUUUUUAAGUUGAGAAGGGAGAUUCCCACUUCAUCCAUACCCAGCUGGGGGUUUCCUCAACCAACCUGAGGUCACAUAUUCAGGUUUGGGUAUGGUAGGCCAUAAACUAUCCUCAGAGAUGCUGUUGAACAUUUGUAGACCUGUGAAAUAUUCAAUGUGUGGCUAAAAGGAACACAAAUGGCAUGGUUUCAUUUAACAAAUCAGUCUAGGUUGUAGCAUCUGUGCCUUAAAUGCCUUUAUAUUUUAAUGUAUCUGUGUAUUCAUGUAAUGUUUAGCUGGUCUCGCAGUCAGAUUAGGCUGGUCUGGUUUUUAAGAGGUUUUGGGAAAUUGUCAUUUGAACAGGCUGGGUGACCAGAAAAAAAAAAUAUUGCCUGGAUUAAACUUUUUUUUCCCUCAACAAGUAAGGAAGACUAAAAAGACUCUAAAAAGGCACAAAGUAUAGAACAUGGUUCCAUCUAAAUUUGAUUUAAUUCUAUUGAGUGACAGAGUUUUAUUCAUUACUUAUUACCCAGUUAGCAUCACUGUUUUUCAAGGUCUUGCAUUUUGCAGAGAAAUUUAUGGCAGAAUUAGAGCACUACUGCCAUCUGCUGAGAUUUUAUGCUGUUUUUGUGAUGUAGGUAUCUCAUGCUUUCAUUGAUUUGUUUCAUACUAGAUUAUACUAUACCAGAUAUUGUCAAAGAGUGAGAGUGAAUGGAAGGAUGAACUGGGAAGCAAAAAAAGUCACAUGCUGAUCAAAUCCAAGUAUGAAUUAAAGUUUGGACAGCAAAGCAAAGCACAGAAACAGAUUUAACCGUUGUUGUUUUUUUGUUUGUAAGUCAGCAAGCUGAAAAUCUGGAAUCAUAAGUUCAAAGAGACUUUAAAAUUUUGUAGAACUGUUACAAUAAAUAUAUAAUUCCUUGUUAUUAUUUCUAUGGUAA